AUGAGAUCACUAACCGUUAGACAGAAAAUUAUUAGUGCUUCAAAAGAGUCGGACAGUGGGAUUAAGUAUGACGCCUCUUCAGUACAAAGUUUGUUCCUGCAUGCCGUGGAAACAGGUCUUGCUGACGAAACCAUUCGUGCAAAAAUAAGGCCACUCACUCAGAACCCAAAGGUCGCAGAUGAAGACCUCAUUGGAGCUAUGAGCCUAGCCAUAUCUGCAGAAGCAGAGCGAAGUAAUAAGUUCAAUCUUGCCAGCAAGGGGAAAUCUGUAAAGGUGUCCGCUAUGGAAAGUGCAGCUGAUUCUAAUACAAAGAAAGAGCUACAGAAGGACCAGCAGGUUCUAGCUACACUAAAAGCUGUGCAAGCAGAGUUGGCUACCAUGAAGGCAGAAGUUAAAAACCUGCGUGAAGCAGCAAGCAACCAGAAGGCAGACCCUAUGAUGCCUAGUCAUGCUGGGAAUGGAGUGAGAACUGGAGCAAGGCCACUUGGUUGCCAAGAGUGUAGGAGGAAGAGGGAAGGUGAGCGAUGCCCACAUUGCUACCUCUGUGGUGGCUUGUACCAUAUUGCACGCUACUGUCAGUCAAGGCCCAGAAAUUAUCCGGGAAACGCACCCAGGCUACCCCCGCGGGACAGGGAGUAGCCUCACCAGAAAAAGAGAAGUCCCACCAGUGUAGUGGUUGCCUGACGUUUGAUUGUCACACACAAUUAUUACAGUGUUCAGGGUGCCAGUCUGUUCGGUAUUGUUCUGUUCGUUGUCAGAAGGCCCAUUGGCCAAAACACAAAGUGUUGUGCAAAGCAAUCAAGAAACUCUCGGAGAGAGGAUCUUUUAAAGAAAAGGGAUUAGGAGAUGCCCAAGAUAGUGGUGUGUAUGCUAGCCACAUUUCACCAAGACAACAGGAGCGCAUAGCCAAACUGGUGGGAAAGAAGUGUUCAGUGAAGUGCUACCUGGACGAGAAGCCUACAGAAGCUUUAUGGGACACAGGGGCCCAAGUAUCAAUUGUUUCAGCAGACUUUCUGAAGAGCCAACUACCAGCAGUCCAAAUAAGGGAUAUUGAACAGUUACUUGGCACAGAUGGAUUCAUAAACUUGCAAGCAGCAAAUGGAACAGAUAUUCCUUACUGCGGGUGGGCAGAGAUUAGUGUACGAUUAGCAAAUGAAAAGGAGACGGAAGUAAGAGUUCCAUUCUUAAUAACAAGGGAGAACAUUGACCAACCUAUCAUUGGUUUUAAUGUUAUAGAACUAAUGGUCUGGAACACUGAAGAGGAAAAUGAUGAUGUUCUGCUUAACGGGAUGUCGAAAAGCUUUAAACUAAGCAAAAGCGGUGACACACAAGUAUUGAUCAGCCUUAUCCGUACUUCUAAUUCUGAUGAACUUUGUCAAGUUAAAUCUUCAAAGAAGCCACAGAUUCUCCCUGCGGGGCAGACUGUUCACCUACCGUGUCGUGCUAACACUGGACCAAUCCACCGUAAGACGCCUGUCCUGUUUGAGCCUGACGAGCUGGCUACUUGGCCUUCAGGAUCAGUACAUGAAUCCCUUACCACUGUGAAGGAGGGCAAUGCAACCAUUCUAUCAGUUACAGUAACCAACAACACUAACCACAACACCACCAGGCCUGGAAGAGUUGUUUUUUGGGGCGCUUUCAGCUUGUACGAUCAGUGA